ACCAACCAUAACAAAAUAACAACUUUUAAUCCAUUACAAAUAACAAACCCUAAUUUCAAAAUUCAUCCCCUUUUCAACCCAAUUCCUCACAAAUCUCUCUCAUAUUUCUCUCUUUUCGCCUAUUCCUGUGCUGGCUUUGAGUUAUUGUGUGUAGGUUAUAAAAGUGAUAGGAAAAAGAAGAGAUUUUUUAGGUUGUGUGGUGUUGAAAACCCGAAAGGGUGUAGAAGCAUUGUAGAAAUCAUCACGGCUAUUCAAAGGGUUUCACGGUUUCUGUCUCAUGCCCGUUGUGUACGACGCAAGGGUUGUGUGAUUGAGACCAACCCUUCGCCGCACGGCGGGCGCGGUGCUUUGCCUUCUGAAGGUGGUAGUCCCUCUGAUCUACUUUUCCUUGCAGGCGGUGGUUUGAUUCUGUUUUAGGUUUUAGGAUUUAGGUUUAGGAUAAUUCAAUUAGUUUCUGUUGUUUAAGAUCUAUUGUGAAAAAAAAAGGUUUUUUUGUUUUUGGAUUUGGAUUUGGUGAGAGGUUUAUUGAGAGAUAGAGAAGAUGUUGAGUAUUAAGAGGGUUCCUACUGUGGUUUCCAAUUAUCAGAAAGAUGAGGGUGAUUCUGUUGGUGGUUGUGGUCGAAAUUGUCUCAAGAGUUGUUGUAUUCAAGAGGCUAAGCUCCCUCUGUAUGGUUUCAAAAGGAGUGAUAAGGUUGAGGGAGAGAACUUGGGUCUCCUUGCAUGCAAUGAAGGUCGUGUGGCGUUUUUGGACUCGAUUAUUCUUGGACAGUGGGAGGAUCGUAUGCAGAGAGGACUUUUCCGCUAUGAUGUUACAGCCUGUGAAACCAAGGUGAUUCCGGGUGAGCAUGGUUUCAUUGCUCAAUUGAACGAGGGUCGCCAUCUCAAGAAGAGGCCAACAGAGUUUCGAGUUGACACGGUUCUCCAGCCUUUUGAUGAGACCAAAUUCAACUUCACUAAAGUUGGACAAGAAGAAAUCCUGUUUCAGUUUGAGGCUAGCAGUGUUGGGGAUGCUCAAUUCUUUCCCGAUGCACCAAUCAAUGUGGAGAAUUCUCCUAGUUUUGUUGCCAUCAAUGUUAGUCCUAUUGAAUAUGGGCAUGUGCUGCUGGUUCCUCGAAUUUUCGAGUGUUUGCCCCAAAGGAUUGAUCACGCGAGCUUUUUGCUUGCCCUUCACAUGGCAGCCGAAGCAGGAAAUCCGUAUUUUCGAUUGGGUUACAACAGCUUGGGGGCAUUUGCUACUAUUAACCAUCUUCACUUCCAGGCUUAUUAUUUGAAGCUGCCUUUUCCAAUUGAGAAGGCUCCUACUAAGAAAAUCGGCAAACUAAUCGGUGAUGUGAAAAUAUCUAAAUUGUUGAACUAUCCAGUCAGAGGUCUUGUCUUUGAGGGCGGUCAUGCAUUGGAUGAUUUGGCAAAUACUGUUUCUGAAGCUUGUAUCUGCCUUCAACACAACAACAUACCUUACAAUGUUCUUAUCUCUGACUGCGGAAGGCGAGUUUUUCUCUUACCACAGUGCUAUGCAGAAAAACAAGCUCUUGGAGAAGUGAGUGCUGAGCUUCUGGACACCCAAGUUAAUCCGGCUGUGUGGGAAAUCAGCGGCCACAUGGUGUUAAAGAGGAAGAAGGACUUUGACGAGGCCUCUGAAGCCAAUGCUUGGAGGCUUCUCGCCGAGGUUUCUCUCUCUGAAACGAGGUUUAAAGAAGUCAAUGCUCUUAUAUUUCAAGCCAUUGCAUCUGAUGAAAUUGAAGUCACGCUCGCGCGUCAAUGCAUAGAGAAAGCGGAUGCAGUAAGCUCAAGCACUACUCAGCCUUCUAUGGUGGCUGGUUCACACGGAUGCCUUGUUCUUCAGUAACAAACAAGGCUAUGAUGAAUAAAUUCGCAGUCAUUUUAAUUUACUGUUGUUUUUCUGCAAUGAAUUUCUAAGUUUGAAGUUGAAGUAUUAUAAUUGUUUCAAAACUUAAUGGCAUAAGAGGUUUGUUGUAUGAUAAUGCUUCUCAAAGGUCUAUUGAAAAUAAUGACACAAUCUUUUGAGCUUAUUGA